GAGUUAUUCGUGGUUAAUUAUUCACAGAGUCAUUCGCACUUAAAGUUUUGUUUUGUUUAACAAUUUUGUUUGAUACUUCAAACGCAUGCUUAAAAUUUGAUUUUAAUUGUAAAUUUUCUUUUUUAUUUUUCGGCAAAAGUGAAUUGGAAUUAUCUGCUUUGAUAAAAUAUGGAUACCGUGGAUAGACCUAGCUUGUAUAUCAACAAUAAUGCUGAAGAAGAAAUUGUUAUUUCUGGUAUUGCUGGACGAUUUCCUAAUUCUAAUAAUCUCAAGGAAUUUCAAGAAAAUCUUUUAAACAAGAAGGAUCUGGGUUCUAAUAAUCAUGGACGAUGGAAUAGAUGUUAUAAUAUGCCUCAUCGAAUCGGUAAUGUCAACAACAUAGAGAAGUUUGAUACACAAUUUUUUAAUAUAUCAGCCGUGGAAGCCCUUAUGAUUGAUCCUGGAACUAGAAUGUUCCUUGAACACACUUACGAAGCAAUUAUUGAUGCGGGUGUGAAUCCCAAAGAAUUAAGGGGAACAAGAACUGGUGUUUUUACGGCAACUAGCUUAUGUGAUACGCUGUGUCUUUUCUGCUUUUCUAAACCUCAGGUGGCUGGAUUACCAUGGAUUGGAUGUAACAAAAGUUCUUUCGCACACAGAAUUUCUCAUUGGCUCGGCGUUACUGGACCAUCGUAUAAUAUUGAUACUGCAUGCAGCUCGAGUCAUUUUGCUAUAAAUGAGGCUUAUAGACAUAUUCGAUCCGGAGACUGUGAUGCAGCUAUUGUCGCUACUGCUAAUCUAUGUCUUCAUCCUAACAUACAAUUUGGAUUUCAUUGUCUUGGAGUUUUGUCUUUUGAUGGUUAUUGUAAACCUUUUGAUAAGGAAGGUUCCGGAUAUAUGCGCAGUGAUACGGUUGCAGUAGUGUAUUUGCAAAAGGCAAAAGACGCAAGAAGAGUAUACGCAAACUUUGUACAUAGUAAAACAAACUGCGAUGGUUUUAAAGAAGAAGGUGUUACUUUCCCAUCAUACGAAACACAAAAAAUGUUAUUAGAAGAAUUUUAUGAGGAAUGUGGUGUCUCGCCUGCAGAAUUAUCUUACGUAGAGGCUCAUGCAACUGGUACUCUUGCCGGUGAUCCCGUAGAAGUUAAGUCCAUUGACCAUGCUGUGUGCAGUAAAAGGAAAACUCCUUUAUUGAUGGGUUCGGUAAAAUCAAAUCUUGGACACUCCGAAGCAGCCAGUAGCCUUUGCCAAAUUGCAAAAGUGUUAAUUGCAAUGGAAACUGGUAUACUUACGCCUACAAUAUAUUUCAAUAGUCCACGAAAAGAGUUAUCUGCUAUUAUCGAAGGAAGAAUAAAGAUUAUCACCGAACCAACAGAAUGGCAAGUGGGUUAUGUAGCUGUUAAUUCCUUUGGAUUUGGCGGCGCUAAUUGCCACGUAUUACUAAAAGCGAAUCCUAAACAAAAAAUUAACAAUGGAGCAUCGAAUGAUGACUUACCUAGGCUUGUAGCCGUAUCUGGACGUACGGAGGAAGCAGUUAGAAUUAUUUUAGAUGAUUUACGAAGUCGACCAGUAGACACAGAGUACAUAUCUCUGCUACAUCAUAUUCAUAGCGCUAACAUAGAUGGCCAUCAUUUUAGAGGAUAUCUAAUAACUGGAUCUAAAACAUCUUGUAAUACAAUUAAUAAAGUGGAAAACUUUUUGCAUGUAAGAAGGCCAAUUUGUUUUAUAUUUUCUGGACUAGGAUUUCAAAGGUCUCGAAUAAGUGGAGCUUUAAUGAAAUUUUCAACGUUUGCUAGGGCAAUUAACAAAUGUAAUACUGUUUUGAAACCUUAUGGUAUAUAUCUCACAGAUAUCUUGAUAAAUGAAAAUAAUGUUUCCGAAAAUAUCGUGAAUUUAUUCUUAGGCCUCGUUGGACUACAGAUUGGAAUAGUUGAUCUUCUAUCAUCUGUUGGUAUUGUUCCCGACCUUAUAAUUGGUCAUUCCAUUGGUGAAUUAAUCUGUGGAUACGCCGAUGGAUGUUUGACAGCUGAAGAAACAAUUCUGUUGGCAUAUUUUAUCGGUUUAGCGCUUUAUGAAUCAAAAAUAAUCAACGGUUCCAUGGCAGAAAUUAAUUGUGAUUAUGAAACUAUAAAAAAUAUGUGUCCUUUGGAUAUUGAUGUAGCUUGUUACAAUAGUUCAUCUAAUUUUAUCGUGAGCGGGCCAACAGAAUCUAUGAGAACAUUUCUUGCUGAUUUACGGACUAACAAUAUUUCUGUAAAAGAAAUUUUUUGUGGCUACAUACCUUUUCACAGUCGUUACAUUAAACCUGCAAUAGUCAAGUGUAGCGAGUAUUUGAAAGGAAUGAUACCACAAAGAAUAUUUUGUAGCUCAAAAUGGCUAACUACAUUUGCUCACGAAUAUUUGAAUAAACCCUUUUUAUGUUCAGAAUACUAUAUAAACAAUUUAUCAUCUUCGGCACUAUUUGCAGAGACAUUAAGUUUAAUUCCAAAAAACACGGUGACGAUUGAAAUAUCACCUGAGAAUAUUCUUCAAUGUAUUUUAAACGAUUCUUUAUAUUCUACAAUAACAAAUAUAGCGUUAUUUGAACGUACAGAGAAUCACAGUGAUGAAAAAUUUUUAGAAACAAUUGGAAAACUCUAUAAUACAGGAUUGCAACCACAGAUUGCAAAUCUGUACCCGACAGUAGAAUUUCCUGUAAGUCGCGGCACACCAAUGAUUUCUUCUCUUAUAAGGUGGGAUCAUUCCGAACAUUUACCUUUAAUACAAAAUAGAGGAGAAAAAGUACUUUACAAAAGAGAAAUAAGUGUUGAUAUUGAUGUAAUUGAUGAAGUAUUUGCAUACUUAGCAGGUCAUGUUGUCAAUGAAAAAAAUUUGUUUCCAGCUAUGGGAUAUCUUUUUCUUAUUUGGGAAAUGGUCUCAUCGUUGAGAAAACAAGUCGUUAACAAUGUACCAAUUGUAUUUGAAGAUGUUAAUUUUAUUCGUGCUAUAAUGCUAUCACCAAACAAUAAUAUCAAUUUAAUCCUUUCUCUUCAAAAGGGUAGUAACAGGUUUGAAAUAAUCGAAGGAGAUAAUGCUGUUGUUACCGGAACAGUACGAAUUCCAAAUAAUAUUGAAAAUGAAAAAGAUUUGUCUAAUUCUAUUGAAUACAUUGAUGAAAAAGAAGAUAUGAAUAUGAAAGAUAUCUAUAAAGAAUUAAGGCUUCGUGGUUAUCAAUACACUGGCGUAUUUCGUGGAUUAAAAAGUGCAUCAGUUACGGGAUCAAACGGCCAUAUUGCGUGGACAACUAAUUGGGUGGCAUUUAUGGACAAUAUGUUACAGAUUAUGAUUUUAGGGGAGACUUCAAGAAGCCUUUCGGUUCCGACAAGAAUUCGUAAAUUAAUAAUCGAUCCAAAGUAUCAUAUGCAGCAAAUUCAGAAUGGUCAAAUUGAAGAAAUACAAUUUCCUGUUCGUUAUUAUAAAUCAUUGGACGCUGUAAUAUCCGGAGGAAUACAAAUUUUUGGUACCGUAACUACUCCUAUAAUUCACCGACAGAAAGCAGUUAAUGUCGUUCUUGAAGAAUACAAGUUUAUUGACCAUCAUGAUUUAGAAACUAUGUCGUUAUGCGAUGCAAUAAGAAUGUCGAUACAUAUUGCACUCGAAUGUUGUAAUAUAAUAAAUAUUAAAAUAAUUGAAUAUAUCGAUGAUAGUGAUAAAAUAACACCAGAAGACCUAAAUUAUCCAAUUGUUAAUGAUGUAUUAAGUGAUUUACCUCAGAUUCGACAUCAUACUAAGUUAGUAACAAAUCAUGGAAGAUUCAAAAAUAUCUCUUUGUCAAACAACGUUUCUACAACAGAGAUUACUAAAUUGUCAAAAGACGAAAACUGUUUAAUGAUCAUUGGUUAUGAUAUUUUGACUAAAAAUAACAAGAAAUUAUAUAGACAAUUAUUGUCUCUAUUAAUGUCGCAAGGUUUUCUACUUACUUUGGAGAAAUCCGAUUCAAUCUAUGAUUAUUCAUGCCUGAAAACAUACGGGUUGGAUGUUAUACUGAAAAAACAAGUAAAUAAAAAGACACUUUUAUUGUUAAGAAAAACACAAAAUAUUGUUAGAAAGCAGUACCAGAUUGUACACGUAAAUAAUUACGAAUUUACAUGGAUAGAUAAACUGAAAUCAAUCAUGAAUGUGGAAAAUCAGACUAAUGUGAAUACAAGAAUAAUACUUGUCGCAGAAAAAGACUUUGAAUGCGGAUUACUAGGUCUUAUUAAUUGUUUACGAAAGGAAUUGGGCGGUGAAGUAAUCAGAGGUGUAUUUAUUCAAGAUGACAAAGUGCCAGCUUUUUCUUUGCAAGAACCAUUAUACGCGAAUCAACUGCAGUUGGACCUACCUAUCAAUGUUAUACGUUCAGAUAACGUUUGGGGAUCCUACAGGCAUUUUUCAUUGCCAUCGUUGGAACCAAAACUUGUACAACGUGCUUUCGUUCAACAGAAGGUACGAGGAGAUUUGAGUACUUUAUAUUGGGUGCAAAAAAAUAUAUCUUUUCAUGUUAAGUACGAAGACCUUAUUAAUGUACUUUAUGCGCCACUAAAUUUUAAAGAUAUUAUGAUGGCUACUGGUAAAAUCCAAAUUACAGAAUCAUGUCUUCAAAACAAUUCAUCAUGUGGUUUAAUCGGCAUGGAAUUUGUUGGAUUUGAUAUGCGUGGAGAAAGAGUAAUGGGAAUGUGCUCACAUGGUGGAUUGGCGAACAUUUGUGUGGCCGAUAAAUAUCUCAGUUGGAAUGUACCCGACAAUUGGACAAUGGAAGACGCAGCAACAGUUCCGUGUGUAUAUAGUACGUGCUACUAUGCAUUGUACUUUCAGGGUAAAAUAAAAAAGGGAAACAAAGUGUUGAUCCAUUCUGGUACUGGAGGUAUUGGUCAAGCUGCGAUUCAUCUUGCACUUUAUGAAGGUUGCGAAAUAUUCACGACAGUUGGUACUAAAGAAAAACGACAGUUUAUAAGAGAAACGUUUCCUUCUAUUCCUGAAGAUCAUAUAGGAAACUCUCGAGAUACAAGCUUCGAAGAAAUGAUUAUGCAGUGUACAAAAGGUCGCGGAGUGGAUAUUGUAUUGAAUUCCUUAGCCGAAGAAAAAUUACAAGCAUCUGUUCGCUGCUUAGCAAAUGGUGGACGUUUUCUAGAAAUAGGAAAAUAUGAUAUGUUUUCCAAUAAUUUAUUAAACGUACAUGCUUUUUCCAAAGGCAUAAGUUUUUACGGAAUUAUAUUAGACAACUUAUUGACUCGAGACUCAGAACAAAAGAUAAAACUGUGGAAGAAAAUAACAACAGUUUUAAAAAUGAAUGUUAUUAAACCACUGUGUAGAAAAGUCUUUAAACGAAACGAGAUAGAAGCUGCUUUUAGAUACAUGGCUACUGGAAAACAUAUUGGCAAGAUAAUAAUAAAAAUUCAUGAAGACGAUCAGACCUUGGAUACUCCUCUACUCGCUUACCCACAAUAUUACUGCUUGGAUUAUAAAUGUUACAUUAUUUUGGGUGGACUGGGCGGUUUUGGUUUAGAGUUAGCAAACUGGUUGAUUCUUAGAGGUGCAAAAAAUUUGAUAUUGACAUCACGAUCUGGGAUAAGAACCGGUUAUCAACAAUCAAGAAUAAAGUUGUGGCAAUCUUUUGGUGUAAAUGUACAGAUUAUUACAGUCAAUGAUACUUUAAAACAUGAAGAUUGUGAAUCUAUAUUAAAAUUGGCUGAAGGAAUAGGGCCAGUAGAUGCCAUAUUUAAUCUUGCAGUUGUGCUUAAAGAUUGUUUAUUCGAGAAUCAGUCACUGCAAUCGUUUGAGGAUUCAUUCAAAUCAAAAGCAUGGAUGACGAAGAAAAUGGACGAAUUGUCGAGAACGAUCUGUCCCCAACUUCGACAUUUUGUCGUGUUUUCUUCCGUUUCGUGUGGGCGAGGAAAUGCGGGCCAAACAAAUUAUGGAAUGGCUAAUUCCGUAAUGGAGAGAAUCUGUGAAAAAAGAAUGAAAGAAGGAUUACACGGUUUAGCAAUACAAUGGGGUGCUAUUGGUGAUGUGGGACUCGUCGCAGAUAUGCAGGAGGAUAACAAAGAGCUUAUUAUUGGAGGAACAUUACAACAAGGAAUAUCUUCUUGCUUGGAUACAUUAGACACAUUCUUGCUGCAAGAUGGAGCUAUUGUAAGCAGUAUGGUUGUUGCUAAAAAAGCAAGUAUUAGCGGAUCAAUGAAUAUUUAUGAAACAAUUGCUCAUAUUAUGGGAUUGAAAAAUUUGAACACAGUGGCGCAUAACACAUCACUAGCCGAACUGGGUAUGGAUUCGAUGAUGGCAGUAGAAAUUAAACAAACAUUAGAGAAAGAGUUUGAUAUUUUCUUGACAGCACAGGAUAUUAGAAAUCUUAAUUUCGAUAAAAUUAGACAAAUGACAGAUACAACCGAAAAAGAAAACACGCAUGACAUAAAUAAAAUUAGUACGACUGUUUCGGAAGGUUUAAACAUGAUAUUUCGAAUGAUUAACAAUUCAGACUUGGUUCCAGAUGUUCUUGUAGAACUUGAUACAAAAAAAGAAGUUGAUAAAGGCAAUGUAUUUUUCUUACCAGGAAUUGAAGGAUGUUCAAGCAUAUUUAAUUCAAUAGCAUCGGGAAUUAAAUAUUCGGCAAUCUGUUUGCAACACAAUGUACUUAAUAUUCCGAACCAAAGUCAUUCAGUAACUAAUUCAGCUGUUUAUUUGCUGCCUUAUAUAUUGGAAAAAAUAAAAAAUCAAAGAGAAUUUCUAAUAGUGGGAUAUUCGUUUGGAUCCUUAAUUGCUAUCGAAUUAGCGAGACUAUUAGAGGCUAAGAAUUUUUCAGGACGCUUAAUACUUAUAGACGGAGCUCCUGAUCAAUUGAAAUUUUGGAUGGACCAAUAUUUGUUCUCUACUUCUCAACAGAAGUUACAAAAUAUUAUAUUAAUUAGUUUGAUGGAUAUAUAUAAUACAGUUGACAAAGAAACGUUUUCAUUAGAACUGGAUAAAUGUGAUACUUGGGAGGAAAAGCUAGAAGUAUUUCAUUCUUACUUUCCUGAGAAAUUAAAUAUAUUAACCACAAAAAAUCAGAAAUUCACAUGUUCUACAAUUUACGAUCAUAUAAUUGCUGUACAGAAUUAUAAUGUGACUUCAUUACCUCGUCUCAAAUCAUCCAUAACUUUACUGAAACCUACGCUUGCAAUUAUUCGUUUUGCAGAAGAGGAUUAUGGUUUACAUAAGAUUACCGAAGGUAAAGUGCAAAUUCAGUACGUGGAAGGUACUCAUAUCACAAUAAUGGACAACGAUAAAAUUACAUUAGUUAUUAACGAAGCAUAGUUGAAACAAUGAUAUUUUUACUUCAAUAUAUAUUUCAAUAUAUAUUUAAACCCAUACAUAUAUUUUAAUACAUUCGUCAACAAAAAAUAGUGAAUACUUUCCAGACAUCAAAAAUUAGGCUAUUUUCAAAUAGCUGUAACUCGGCAAAAAAUCAUCGCAAAUAAAAAUAAAGAGAGCAUUUUGAAGCUUGAAGUUUCAACUUUAAUGCUACAUCAACAGAUUUUUAACGUUUUUUUUAACUUUUUUGUCUAAUGCAGUAAAAAAGCACAUCUUGUUUUGUUUCUUAAAAUUUUGUAUUUUUGACACUUUCCAGCUUGACAAACGAAUUUUUUUCAAACA